AUGAUCCAGAGCAAAGCAUGGCCUGGUGCUGGAGGCUACACACAGAGGAGGCCCUGGCAACGCCAUUCCACUGAGAGCUGGAUUGAAAGAUGUCUCAAUGAAAGCGAGAAUAAACGCUAUUCCAGCCACACAUCUCUGGGGAAUGUGUCUAAUGAUGAAAAUGAGGAGAAAGAAAAUAACAGAGCGUCCAAGCCUCACUCCACGCCUGCCACCCUGCAAUGGUUGGAGGAAAACUAUGAGAUUGCAGAGGGCGUCUGCAUCCCUCGCAGCGCCCUCUACAUGCACUACCUGGAUUUCUGUGAGAAGAAUGACACUCAGCCCGUCAAUGCUGCCAGCUUCGGGAAGAUCAUAAGGCAGCAGUUUCCUCAGCUAACCACCAGAAGGCUUGGGACCCGAGGACAGUCAAAGUACCAUUACUAUGGCAUAGCGGUGAAGGAAAGCUCCCAGUACUAUGAUGUGAUGUAUUCAAAGAAAGGAGCUGCCUGGGUGAGUGAGACAGGCAAGAGAGAGGUGACCAAACAGACGGUGGCAUAUUCUCCCCGGUCCAAGCUUGGGACAUUGCUGCCAGACUUUCCAAACGUCAAAGACCUAAACCUGCCAGCCAGUCUUCCUGAGGAGAAGGUCUCCACCUUUAUUAUGAUGUACAGAACACACUGUCAGAGAAUACUGGACACUGUAAUAAGAGCCAACUUUGAUGAGGUUCAAAGUUUCCUUCUGCACUUUUGGCAAGGGAUGCCGCCCCACAUGCUGCCCGUGCUAGGCUCCUCCACGGUGGUGAACAUCGUGGGCGUGUGUGACUCCAUCCUCUACAAGGCCAUCUCCGGGGUGCUGAUGCCCACAGUGCUGCAGGCAUUGCCGGACAGCUUAACUCAGGUGAUCCGAAAGUUUGCCAAGCAGCUGGACGAGUGGCUGAAAGUAGCUCUCCAUGACCUCCCGGAAAACCUGAGAAACAUCAAAUUUGAAUUAUCAAGGAGGUUUUCCCAAAUCCUGAGAAGGCAAACAUCGCUGAACCAUCUGUGCCAGGCAUCGCGAACAGUGAUCCACAGUGCAGACAUCACGUUCCAGAUGCUGGAGGACUGGAGGAAUGUGGACCUGAGUAGCAUCACCAAGCAGACUCUCUAUACCAUGGAGGACUCUCGGGAUGAGCACCGCAGACUCAUCAUCCAGUUGUACCAGGAGUUUGACCACCUGCUGGAGGAACAGUCCCCCAUUGAGUCUUACAUAGAAUGGCUGGAUACCAUGGUAGACAGAUGCGUUGUGAAGGUGGCUGCCAAGAGACAAGGGUCCCUGAAGAAAGUAGCCCAACAGUUCCUGUUGAUGUGGUCUUGCUUUGGUACGAGGGUGAUCCGGGACAUGACCUUGCACAGUGCUCCCAGCUUCGGAUCUUUUCACCUAAUUCACCUGAUGUUCGAUGACUACGUGCUCUACUUGCUAGAAUCUCUGCACUGUCAGGAGCGGGCCAACGAGCUCAUGCGAGCCAUGAAAGGAGAAGGAAGCACUGCUGAAGCCCAGGAGGAGAUUAUCUUGACAGAGGCUACCCCACCAACCCCUUCACCAGGCCCAUCAUUUUCUCCAGCAAAGUCUGCCACAUCUGUGGAGGUGCCACCUCCCUCUUCCCCUGUCAGCAACCCAUCCCCUGAGUACACUGGCCUUAGUACAGCAGGAGCAAUGCAGUCAUAUACGUGGUCACUAACAUACACAGUGACGACGGCUGCUGGGUCACCGGCUGAAAACUCCCAACAACUACCCUGUAUGAGAAGCACCCACAUGCCUUCUUCCUCAGUCACACACAGGAUACCAGUCUACUCCCACAGAGAGGAGCAUGGGUACACGGGAAGCUAUAACUACGGGAGCUAUGGCAACCAGCAUCCUCACCCACUGCAGAACCAGUAUCCAGCCCUGCCUCAUGACACAGCCAUCUCUGGGCCACUCCACUACUCCCCGUACCACAGGAGCUCUGCCCAGUACCCUUUCAAUAGCCCCACUUCCAGGAUGGAGCCUUGUUUGAUGAGCAGCACUCCCAGGCUGCAUCCUACCCCAGUCACUCCCCGAUGGCCAGAGGUGCCGACAGCCAAUGCAUGCUACACAAGCCCAUCUGUGCAUUCCACGAGGUAUGGAAACUCUAGUGACAUGUACACCCCCCUGACCACGCGCAGGAAUUCUGAGUAUGAGCACAUGCAACACUUUCCUGGCUUUGCUUACAUCAACGGAGAGGCCUCCACUGGAUGGGCUAAGUGA